UCUGUCUGAAGAUGAUGAAGUUCUUUCUAAACCCCUUGAUGGAAAACAUGUCUCACCACUGUGCCUCCAGUUCACCCUGAAUGGUUACAGAUCCCUCCAUCAGCUGGUGAAAUUCUGUUUCAAACUACUUCACUCUGAUGACCUCUAUGAUCUUAUUGUUCAUAUUUUGGUGUGAUUUAUACACAUGGGUUUGUGCAUUCUGACCUUUGGAGGCUUUAUUAUGUCAAUUUUAUGAUGAAACAUGAAAAGACUUUAAAGGUCAUCUGUCUUGUUCUGAUCAUGGUAAAUACACUACAUUGCCAAAAGUUUUGGGACAUCUGCCUUUACAUGGACAUGAAUUUUAAUGACAUCCCAUUCUUAAUCCGUAGGUUUUAAUAUGGAUUUGGCCCGCCCUUUGCAGCUAUAACAGCUUCAACUCUUCUAGGAAGGCUUUCCACAAGGUUUAGGAGCGUGUUUAUGGGAAUGUUUGACCAUUCCACUAGAAGUGCAUUUGUGAGGUCAGGCACUGAUGUUGGACAAGAAGCUAUAGCUCAUAGUUUCUGCUCUAAUUCAUCCCAAAGGUGUUCUAUUGGGUUGAGGUCAGGACUCUUUGCAGGCCAGUCAAGUUCCUCCACACCAACUCACUCAUCCAUGUCUUUAUGGACCUUGCUUUGUGCACUGGUGUACAGUCAUGUUGGAACAGGAAGGGGUCAUCCCCAAACUGUUCCCACAAAGUUGGGAGAAUGAAAUUGUCCAGAAUGUCUUAACGAAACAUUCUUUCACAAAUGUUUGGAGAAGCAGUCUGCAUGCCUAGGUGCUUGAUUUUAUACACCUGUGGCCAUGGAAGUGAUUAGAAUACCUGAAUUCAAUGAUUUGGAGGGGUGUCCCAAAACCUUUGGAAAUACAGUGUAUAAACACAACUAGACUGAAAUAUACCCGUAUGAUAUGCAACUAAUUGUUAAACAUGAAUUAACUAAGGAAAUCAGUAGAUAUCAGUUUAUAACAGGCUCAGCAGUAUCACUCUCAGUUAUGAUCAGUUAAUUCAAUAAAAAAUUCAUUAGGCAAGAGGAAUUUAGGGAGAAACUUGUUAAUUAACUGAUGAGAAACUGAACAACUGUGUUUACUCUAGUGAUCCACUGUGGGCCAGCAGAGCCAGCAUCCAAGCACACCUUCUUUAAUGCAUCAGUUGCAUUUCUGGGUUUAAAAUGCGAGUUAAAGCAGGAAAAUCACCAAACUGGAUGCUGGCCUUUCAGGACUGGAGUUUGUACCUACGGAUUAGUUUAUAAUCAGUGUCCAUCUGCUGUGUGACAGACAUACGAACAUGUGUUUUAAAUGUGGGGUUGGUUGUCUAUAUUGAACCAGGGCAAGAAGACACAGAGUAAGUGUGAAGACACAGUGUGAGAGUGUGUAUGCAUGAGAGAGUGACGCAGAGAGCAGUAUGUCAUCCUUUGCUUAUAUCUGCAUGUAGACAUACAGUAGGGAAUGCUGCUAGAAAAAUGACAGUGAUCCGAAACACACCAGCAAGUCCACCUCUGAAUGGCUAAAAAAAAAUUAUGUUUUGGAGUUAGCUACCUAGUUAAAGUCCAGACUUAAAUCCGAUUGAGAUUCUGUGGCAUCACUUUAAACAGACUGUUCAUGCUAGAAACCCUCCAAUGUGGCUGAAUUAAAACAAUUUAAAACAAUUCUGGAAAGAAGAGUGAAGCAAAUUUCCUCCAGAGUGAUGUGAAAGACUCAUUGCCAGUUAUUGCUUAUGCUUGAUUGCAGUUGUUCCUGCCGAAGGGGCCACAAACAGGUUAUUAGGUUUUGGGGGCAAUUACUUUUUCACAUAGGGCCAGGCAGGUUUGGACAGUUUUUUACCCUUAAUAAAUGAUAUCAUAAUUUAGAAACUGCAUUUUGUAUUUACUCGCAUAAUUAUCUUUGUAUAAUAAAACUGAUGAUCCGAACCAUUUAAGUGAAAAAAAAACCUUUUCUUUUUACACUGUAUAUAUAUAUAUUUUAGAGAUAGACGGCCAUGUUUUUUUAGGGUGAGGGGAAUCACUGCGCAUGCGCACUGCGCAGUGACGCAGAACACUUGACGUAAUGUUUGUGUUUAAACUGUGUUUCCUUUUAAACAGUAAGGUGUUGAGGUUGAGAAGAUCGCAAGACUUGGCUUAUCCUUUGCUUUGUGAUUUUUCUACACGCCUGUUUGGGAUUUCUUCUAACUCCGUUACUGGACCUGACUCCUACACCGACUCUACAACAGUGAUGAUGAACUUCAGAGGAGGAACCGCGCUUCAGCAGCACCAGGAUGUGGAGCCCGAGCCCGGAUGGAGCGGACUGGACAACCCCUGGACCGGGACACAGAGGGAGACGUUUGUGUUUCCGGAGGAUGAGGACGAUGACAACUGGCCUAUGAGAAGCCACUCUCCUGUAUGGAUCCCACCACCUGUGGGGAGCCCAGCCCCACCUAUGAGAGGUCCCUUUUCCGUAUGGACCCCACCACCUGUGAGGAGCCCAUCCCCUCCUAUGAGAGGCCUCUCUCAUGUAUGGACCCCACCACCUGUGAGGAGCCCAUCCCCACCUAUGAGAGGCCUCUCUCCUGUAUGGACCCCACCACCUGUGACGAGCCCAUCCCCACCUAUGAGAGGCCUCUCUCCUGUAUGGACCCCACCACCUGUGACGAGCCCAUCCCCACCUAUGAGAGGCCUCUCUCCUUUAUGGAUCCCGCCACCUGUGAGGAGCCCAUCCCCACCUAUGAGAGGCCUCUCUCCUGUAUGGAUCCCACCACCUGUGAGGAGCCCAUCCACACCUAUGAGAGGCCUCUGUCCUGUAUGGAUCCCACCACCUGUGAGGAGCCCAUCCACACCUAUGAGAGGCCUCUCUCCUGUAUGGAUCCCACCAUCUGUGGGGAGCCUCUCUCCUCUAUGGAUCCCAUCACCUGUAUGGAUCCCACCACCUGUGGGGAGCCCAUCCCCACCUAUGAGAGGCCUCUCUCCUUUAUGGAUCCCACCACCUGUGACGAGCCCAUCCCCACCUAUGAGAGGCCUCUCUCCUGUAUGGAUCCCACCACCUGUGGGGAGCCCAUCCCCACCUAUGAGAGGCCUCUCUCCUGUAUGGAUCCCACCACCUGUGGGGAGCCUCUCUCCUCUAUGGAACCCACCACCUGUAUGGAUCCCACCACCUGUGGGGAGCCCAUCUCCACCUAUGAGAGGCCUCUCUCCUGUAUGGAGGAGACCAUCCCCUUGCACAAACCCUUCCUCUGUGAUGAAUCCAUCCCUAGUAAUGCAACCAUCCCCAUUGAGGAGGCCAUCACCUUCAGGGAAUCCACAGCGUUUCACAGUUCCUCUGCCCCAGCCUCAUGUCCAGAUUAACCCCCACCACAUUGUGGCUGGUCAGCAGUAUGUUCCUGUCCCACGCCAGGGCAUAAGGAGGAGGAGGGACGAAGAGGAUGAUCAAGAAGCCCCUCCGAGUAGACGGCAGCAUGUGGAUCAGGAUGGGUAGCUGGGUUUCAUCAGGAGGAUCGUCCGAUUCCCCGUUCACUGGGUUUCUAUUUACAUGGGAGAGCUGUAAGUUCAAAAGCUCAGUCAUCACCUCAUGUUCAUCACCUCAUAUCCAUGAUGUAUGGUACGUAUCUGUGGUAAGUAUGUAUGGUAAGUAUUUCACCCCUAGAUUUCAGCAUUAGUGUUUUUUUCAGAGAGAGAUUUCAGCAUUUUAAACAUGUGGGGUGGUGAGCAUCUGUUGUUUCUUUUGUAUUUUGCAUUUGUAUUUAGUUUGUGUUAAAUGUAUAGGAUUUUUAUAA